GGGGGCACUGUGAGUGGCAGCAGCUCGGGGACAGGAUCCGGGUCUGGGGCUUCCCUGCCUGCCAGGCUUUGCAAUUCCUUUUCUGCUGUAAGAAGAAAAAAAAAUUUCAAAAAUGCCUGCAGGUGUGUGUGGCUGCUGUGGGGCUUUACGUCCACGUUAUAAACGUUUGGUGGACAAUAUCUUUCCUGAAGACCCUAAGGAUGGCCUUGUUAAGGCAGACAUGGAAAAGUUGACCUUUUAUGCUGUUUCUGCCCCGGAAAAACUUGACCGGAUAGGAGCUUAUCUUGCAGAAAGAUUAAGCCGAGAUGUUGUGAGGCACAGAUAUGGAAAUGUGUUCAUUGCAAUGGAAGCCCUGGACCAGCUUCUUAUGGCAUGCCACUCCCAAAGCAUUAAGCCUUUUGUUGAGAGCUUUCUUCACAUGGUGGCAAAACUUUUGGAAUCGGGAGAGCCAAAGCUACAAAUUUAUGGAACAAAUUCGUUUGUCAAGUUUGCUAAUAUUGAAGAAGACACCCCUUCGUAUCACAGACGUUAUGAUUUUUUCGUCUCGCGGUUCAGUGCUAUGUGUCAUUCGUGUCACGCUGAUCCAGACGUUCGAACAGAGAUUAGAAUUGCAGGAAUUAAGGGUAUUCAGGGAGUCGUCCGUAAAACUGUGAAUGAUGAACUUCGCGCAACCAUAUGGGAACCACAACAUAUGGACAAGAUUGUUCCCUCCUUGAUUUUCAACAUGCAGAAGAUAGAAGACCCCGAAAGUCGCAUCGGACCUCCUGCAUCUCCGUCAGUAAACGAUAAGGAAGAGAACCCCAGCACCUUGGCUGAAAACUGCUUCCGCGAGUUACUGGGCAGAGCUGCCUAUGGGAAUAUGAAUAAUGCAGUCAGACCUGUCUUUGCACAUUUGGAUCAUCAUAAAUUGUGGGAGUCCAAUGAAUUUGCAGUUUCCUGUUUUAAAAUUAUAAUGUACUCCAUUCAGGCUCAGUACUCCCACCAUGUGAUCCAGCAGAUCCUCAGCCAUCUCGAUCUACACAAGCGAGACUCUCCUCGAAUACGUGCUGGCAUUGUGCAGGUUCUUUUAGAAGCAGUAGCUAUUGCAGCAAAAGGGUCAAUUGGUCCCACGGUCCUGGAAGUGUUUAAUACUCUUUUGAAACAUUUGACACUAAGCGUGGAUUUUGAGCUCGGAGACAGGAGGAGUUCUGCAGGAAGCACUGUCUUCACCACCAGCACAAGAGAGAGCGAUGAACGCAUUGUACAGAAUGCAAUCAUUCAGACUAUCGGAUUUUUUGGAUGCAAUUUACCAGAUUACCAGAGGUCAGAGAUCAUGAUGUUCAUUAUGGGGAAAGUUCCCGUGUUUGGAAUAUCUUCGCAUACUCUUGAUACCAGCCAGCUUGGUGAUUUAGGGACAAAGAGAAUCCAACUGAUGUUGCUCAGAUCUCUGCUCAUGGUAACGUCAGGGUACAAAGCCAAGACUAUUGCAGCGGCUCUACCCCUACCAUUUCUUGAUCCACUCCUGUCUCCAUCUCUUAUGGAAGAUUGUGAACUGAGACAAUUAGUUCUUGAAAUAUUGCACAAUCUCAUCGAUCGUCACGACAACAGGGCAAAGCUAAGAGGCAUCAGAAUAAUUCCAGAUGUUGCAGAUCUCAAAAUAAAGAGAGAGAAGAUUUCAAGACAAGAUGUCAAUUUUAUGAAGAAGCACGGACAGCAGAUAUACAGACAUAUAUACCUGGGCUGCAAGGAAGACGAUAAUGUGCAGAAGAAUUACGAGCUUCUUUAUACGACCCUUGCACUGGCAACCAUUGAAUUGGCAAAUGAAGAAGUCGUCAUUGACCUUAUUCGAGUAGCAAUCGCAUUGCAAGACCUUGCGAUUAUGAAUGAAGACAACCUACAGAUGUAUAACCGGUGUAGCAUAAUGGCACUGGUUGCAGCGUAUAUGAAUUUCCUUAGCCAGAUGAUUGCAGUACCUGCACUUUGCCAGCAUGUCAGCAAGGUUAUUGAAACCAGAACUAUAGAUGCCCCUUGUUUUCUGCCAGAAGUCAUUUUUAGGGACAAAUGCAGUCUACCAAAAUCCCUGGAGAAGCUUGAUAAGAAUGUCUUUUUCCUGACCAAUAAGAUUGUGGAGUCCCUGGGAGGCAGUGGAUACAGUAUAGAGAGGCUCUCGAUACCUUAUGUUCCACAAGUGACAGCUCUGUUUCCAUCACUCAAACAAUUACGUAAAAGCAGAAACCCAUGUGAAGAUGAAGACAGAAUCUCUCGAAGAAAGAGCAUUGUGGACACAAUAUCCAUCCAGGUGGAUAUAAUGACUGGCAGCAACACUGAAGAUAAGGUUAAUACUGAAGAGAUCACAUUUGAAGCGCUGAAAAAAGCGAUAGACAACACUGGGAUGGAGGAGCAAGAGAAGGAGAAGAGGCGACUUGUGAUUGAAAAGUUCCAGAAAGCACCAUUCGAGGAAAUUGCUGCACAGUGUGAAUCUAAAGCAAACUUGCUCCAUGGUAAAUUAGCACAAAUACUGGAACUCACCAUAAGACCACCUCCCAGUCCUUCAGGGACAAUAACCAUCACAGCUGGACAUGCUCAGUACCAAUCUGUUCCUGUCUACGAGAUGAAAUUUCCAGACCUCUGUGUUUAUUAAAACGUAUAGAAUAACAUAUACAUUUAGGGGGGCCCUUUAUUAAUUGCCACUUCAUGGUAUCUAGAAGCACCCUAUAUCCUAACUGAACCAUGGCUCGUAUCACUGUUACAGAGGUAAAGGAACGGACAGGAAACGUGUCCACAGAUACGAGUUGGACGUUUUCUGACAUUUUAUCCAGAUACCAAAAAUAAGCACCUAAAUAAAUCUAUAGCAUAAUUUAAAAAAAAGGUCUGUCUUAUUUCAUCAGCUGAUUAGAAUAUGGUGUAGUGUUAUCAUAUUUGCAAUUUUAAUAUUGUAAAAGCACAAGUUCAGUUAAAUAGAUGUUUUUCAGUGGCUGCUUUUAUGCAGAAACCAACAUUGCUGAUCUCUCUUAUUGAAUAGAUUCCAAAAUAAAUGUCCCCUCUUUCUUUAUGAGAUCGGAAUGAGCCAUCCGUUUUUCACAUCUCUGGCACAUGAUGAAAUGUCAAGGGAAUAUUUAAUGUGAUUUACGUUUUUAUUGACCGAAGUCUAAAUCUUGGCCCCAUUGCAAAAUUAUAAAGCAAAUAGGCCCCCAAGUUUUCUUACAAGUAUAUCCACGUUAUUUUUAUGAAUUAAUGCUGUAUAUCUGAUACUCUGAAAUAACGUCAUACAUCCUGCUUCAUGUUUGCCAAGGUAACGUUCUAAAGAGGGUUUUGAAAGUUAAAAUUGGAUUUUUAUUAUUUUAUAUUUUUUAUGUACACGAUAGAAUGCUGUAAAGUUUAGGUUGUGAUGCUUUAUAUUCCUCCCCCUUCCUCUCCCCACCCCCCAUAACCCUUUGAGAGCAAUGCACUGCACACCACUACAGCGCUUGAAGGGUUAAUGUUGCUGAGUUGCCGAUAUUAUAUUUUGUGUGUGUGCUUUUUGUUUUUAUUGAAACGAGGUAAGGGAUAAAUAUAAAUAUGUUUACUUGUCUAUAAAUGGAAGAAUGAUAUUAUGUUAAAAGUCACAUGUAUCUGUAUCUGUUAGACAUAUUAGGAACCAACAAUGUUCCUUGCUGUAAUCACAAUAGAAGAACCACCAUUGGUCAUUAGGGGGUUAAAAGUCCUGCAACCCUCUAGCAGCACUAAACAAGUACAGUAGUGAUGGAGAACCAUUGGCAGUUUAGCUGUGGUCUUCAGCUAAGCGAGUCAUUGGAGGGCACAGCUUGAAUGCCCACUAAACUGUCACUUGAAUGCAAUAAUACUUCUGCAACUACUUUUGCACUAAAUGGGACAUAUAUUUGCCAAUUUAUCAUUUAUCUUUAAUUUACCUUUUAACCAAAACUAAUGGAAUGACGUUUCAAAUUUACGGUUUGAGUUCAAAUGGCAAAUAAAAUGUUUGCAGCAACAAGAACAGAUGUAUUUUCUUUUAUUUUGGAAACAAAAUGAAGUGCAAUCAGAGUAUUUUCAUAUUUUGUCCCCUAAAAUGUUUAGUCCUUAAUUUCUUGCCAAAGAGUCUGAUAAUAUUACUGUGAAGAUCAUGUAGGCGAAGAGUGAACGUUAUCACAUUUAUGAAGGCUCACUCUGAUACAUUUACAUAUUCUGUAGCAUAAAAACACAAUAUAUUUUAAGGCUUUACUACACGCAGUAAUAACAAUACCUAGUCACUGUGUUUUAGCUCUUUUUUUCUUCUUUUUCGAUGUAAAUACAUUGUAUAAAAAUAUUGUAUUGUGGAUUUAAUGUGUUAAUCAAGUCUGGACAGAAAACAAACAAACAACAAACAAACAACAAACAUAAACAUACAUUUCCGUUCAAAGAAUUUGUUUGGCUGUUUGCACAUAAAGUGCUCUGCAGAGGUAUUUACCUCUCACCCGCUUGUAGUCUUACAAUUUUGAAUUAAAAUGGAGUUUAUUGGUUUUGUUUUUAAAAAUAUUAAUAUUGUGACAAAGUUACAAAACCAUCAAAUGUCUUCGUACCUUCUGAAGGCAGAUGGCUGCUCCAAUUGUUAUUUUCAUAGUUUAAUGAGGGGAGAUGCAGUCAACAAAUGUCUGCGGUUUGUUUUUGUUUGUUUUUUGUUUACUUGUAACUUUUGUAUCACAAUAAAAAUGUUUUUCUAUAAUUGUGUAAUAAUGUAUGCUGCUUACAAGUACAUGUGCUGAGUAGCAUAUUAUACACAAUGUAACAAUAAGGGGUAAACCACUUACAGGCUUUAUAUAAAGAUGCCAUGUGGUUACCAAUGUUAACGGAACUUUACAGAACAUAAAUGGCCAUGGUUGGAAUCCGGGUAUUUAUGGUGAUAUAUAUAGAGUAUGUAUCUAGAUACUAUGCUAUCCAGUGCUGGAUAUAUUUAACACAGACAGUUCAUGCUCUGCUACAAUGUUGCUAAUGUAGGGAAAAAUACAUGUGGGA